AAUCUAUUGUUAUUUAAAAAUGACUGCCGUCGGCUUCCGAAGCGGCUGUCUUUAUCUUUAAUUAACCGGUUUAUUACUAUUUUUUUCCUUACUCUAUUGGAAUUACCUUUAUUUCUGGACUUUUGUGUUACCCUCUCGAACAGCUUGGCUGUAUUGUAAAAAGCUAAGUGUGGAAAGACUUCUUUUUUUUUUUUAAAUUCCAUCCAUUGAAGUAACGUUAACGUUCAUCACAUACAAAGCAUAUGUAUAUAUAAAUAUAUAUAUGUAUAUAUAUAUAAAUAUACAUAUAGCUAACUCGGCAUUCUCUGUUUCCUGACUGUCACGCUGUUUGCAAAAUACACAGAUCAUUAUUGCCUUUUGUUAAAAAUUUGUUUACUCCGUUCCUGAUUACAAAAUGACUUCUAUUGUUAAAUUACAAGUGUUUUCUGGUGCUUACGAUGAAUCCCCUCCCUGUUACCUCCUGCAGGUUGACGAGUUCCGUUUUCUUUUGGAUUGUGGCUGGAACGAAGAUUUUAACAUGACAUACAUCCGCGAACUGAAGCGGCAUGCCCACCUCAUCGAUGCUGUUCUCUUGACCUACCCCGAUCACAAUCAUCUUGGGGCUCUGCCGUACAUGGUCGGAAAAUGCGGUCUUACUUGUCCCGUUUACGCCACGAUUCCCGUUUAUAAAAUGGGACAGAUGUUUAUGUAUGAUCUAUACCAGUCGAGGCAUAACAACGAGGAGUUCAAUAUAUUUACCUUAGAUGAUAUCGAUGCAGCGUUUGAUAAAAUCACUCAGCUGAAAUACAGCCAGACCGUGAAUUUGAAAGGAAAAGGUCAAGGUUUACAAAUAACACCUCUGCCCGCUGGUCACAUGAUUGGCGGCACGAUAUGGAAAAUAGUAAAAGAUGGAGACGAAGAAGAAAUUGUCUAUGCUGUUGAUUAUAACCACAAAAAAGAGCGGCACUUGAACGGUUGUGUCUUGGAGAGUAUCAAUCGACCCUCACUUUUGAUUACAGACUCCUUGAAUUCCACUUAUACUCAGUCUCGGCGGCGUCUGCGAGAUGAACAACUCAUGACUACCAUUUUGUCGACCAUGAGGAAUAACGGUAACGUUUUGGUGGCUGUAGACACAUCAGGCCGUGUUCUGGAACUGGCUCAGCUUCUUGACCAAAUGUGGCGUAGUCCCGAUUCUGGACUGUCCACCUAUUCUUUAGCUCUUUUAAAUAACGUGAGCUUCAAUGUGGUUGAGUUUGCGAAGUCACAGGUGGAGUGGAUGAGCGAUAAAAUCAUGCGUGCUUUUGAAGACCACCGCAACAACCCUUUCCAUUUUAAACAUCUCAAGUUGUGUCACAAUCUUGCAGAGUUAUCCAAAGUGAUGGAACCUAAAGUUGUUUUAGCCAGCAUGCCAGACCUCCAGUGUGGCUUUGCUCGAGAUCUCUUCAUGGGAUGGUGUGGUAACGCCAAGAACAGCAUCAUUCUAACAUGCCGUACUUCAAUAGGCACAUUGGCACGGUGGCUUAUUGAUCACCCGAAAGACAAAACGGUGACUGUUGAAAUGAGGCGCCGUGUGAAAUUAGAAGGAAGUGAAUUGGAGGAAUACCUGAAGAAAAAACAAGAGAAGGAAGCAGAAGAACGACUCAAAACUAAACAAGCCAAGCGUGAGGCAGAAGACAUGGAAUCAAGCGAUGAUAGCGAUCUGGAAAUGGAAGUGGAGGGGUCCAGCAACAUCACGAAAGCUAAACAUGAUCUCAUGAUGAAAAGUGACCGAAACUCUCGGUCAGGUUUUUUCAAACAAGCAAAGAAAGCUUACCCAAUGUUCCCGUUUUAUGAAGAAAGACUCAAGUGGGAUGAAUGCGGUGAAAUUAUUCGAACUGAGGAUUAUAUGAUAUUAGAUCUGCCUCCUGCUGAUGAAGAAGUCACACAAGAAAAAUCUGUUCCGGAAGAUGAAGCCAUGCAGGACAUGUCUGAAGUACCAACCAAAUGUGUGUCGUCUACGAUAACAUUGGAAAUCCAUGCCAAUGUAAAAUACAUUGAUUUCGAGGGUCGAUCGGAUGGUGAGUCAAUUCGUAAAAUCAUAACACAGAUUAAACCACGCCAGUUAAUCCUAAUCCAUGGCAGACCAGAUCCCACGGAGAGUUUGGAAGAGUUCUGUUUAAGUAGUGGUUGCUUGUCUCAAACUCGUAUAUUUGCUCCACAUGUCGGUGACAUUGUUGAUGCCACUCGAGAGAGCCAUAUUUAUCAGGUGAAGUUAAAGGACUACGUAGUGUCGGCACUGACAUUUUCUCGUGCUCGAGAUGCUGAGCUGGCUUGGAUCGAGGGCCAGUUGGACUUGAAAGAAGCCAAAACAGACACAAGUGCACGUUACGAACCGGAAGAAACAGAACCCGCAGCAGAAGAAUUAGAAAAGAAGAAAUUAAUGGAUCUGUUUAAAAGAGAAGACAAUGUAGAUGCAGAAAAGGAGGAAGAAGAAGCUCACAUCCAUGUUCCAACGCUCGAAGCUCUUCCGAGUAACAAACAACCAGGACACACACCGGUAUUUAUCAAUGAACCCAAACUUUCAGAUCUGAAGAUGUUCUUUCUACAAGCUGGGAUCCAGGCAGAGUUCACAGCUGGGGUUCUUAUCUGUAAUAACAAAGUUGCUAUUAGAAAGAAUGAGGCUGGCAAAUUACAGCUGGAAGGGGCUUUGUGCCCAGACUAUUUUGUAAUUCGGGACCUUGUCUACCAGCAAUAUGCUAUUGUAUGAUAUUUUUUUCUCAUUUGUUUUGUUAAUUGUUUCUAUCUUCAUUUUCCUGGACAGAUACUUCAGUAACAACAACAACAUCUACAACAAUAAUAAUAAAAUACCAAAAAGUGCCAAAGUGA